CUAAGUUCUCACGCUUGAGCUCUCAGUAGAGAAAAGCAAGAGAUGGCAAUAGCAACAGUGUCAAUAACAUUGUUGGUAAUGCUACUGUCAUCACACUCGGAAGUGGUGAAGCCAGUCUUGGCAACCCUUCCUGUUUUUGAAGCAGGAAGUAUUUCCACAAAAGCUAUUUCAGUGAAGGAAUCAAAAUCUACCUCUCCUAAGCCCUUGUUUAUCAUUUCCCCAACUAUAGGGGGAAAAUACCCUGUCUUCUUGUUUUUCCAUGGCACCUGCACUACCAAUUCUGUCUACAGAAGCCUCCUCGAGCAUAUUGCUUCCCAUGGAUACAUAGUUGUUGCUCCUCAGUUGUAUAAUUGCCCAGUUGUUAUUCCUACGAUAAGUGGAAAUGAAGAACUUAAUUACGCGGCAAACGUAGCGAACUGGUUACUCUUAGGCCUCAAGACUGUACUGCCGGAAAAUGUUGAAGGGAACCUCGACCAGCUUGCUGUUUCAGGCCACAGUAGAGGUGGUAAGACAGCUUUUGCACUUGCUCUUGGAUAUGCCAAAAUCCCCCUAGAAGUCACCAUUUCAGUACUUGUAGGCGUCGAUCCUGUUGCAGGGUUGAGUAAAGAAUGCCGUUGUGAUCCCAAAAUUCUCAAAUUUUUCCCCCACUCUUUUGACUUAUCGAUUCCUGUUACCGUAAUCGGCAGUGGGUUAGGUGAUCAGAAGUUUUUACUUUUUCCUCCUUGUGCUCCUAGUGAUUUGAACCAUAUGGAGUUCUACUUGGAAAGCAAGCCUCCUAUUGGUUAUUUUGUUGCUACAGACUAUGGUCAUAUGGACAUCUUAGAUGACUAUGAACCCAGAAUUAAUAUCUGCAAGGGGAAUCGUUCUAGAGAUCCCCUGAGGAGAACUGUUGGUGGGAUUAUUGUGGCGUUCUUGAAUGGUUAUUUUCGAUAUGAGACAAAGGACUACUUGACCAUUGCGAAUAACGCUUCUGUUGCUCCGGUAAAUCUUAGUCCUGCCAGGUUCAUCAACGAAACACAAGAAAGCUUGCUCAAUUUGGGAAAUUUUUACAGCUUGAAGUUUGAUCCUACCUGUCCUUUUGAUUGGAUUCCUGAUUGUCAUGCUAGUAGUAUGUAAAUUGGAUUUUUCUUAUCUCAAUCUAGGUAAGAAUUUUCCAUGAAAAUUAAUAGCCCUCUUGUAUGCAAUCGUCUUGACCUUUGGUGUAAGGUUUUAUAUAUGUAUAUGCGCACAUGUAUGCGCAUACGUAUGUAUAUCAAAUAGAAUAAAUAAGAGGCUUGUGCUUAUGUAUGCAUAUACUUACGUAUCUCUGUACGUACAACAAUAUAUCCAAUAAAGUGAGGGCUUAAUAUUA